AUGGACAUGCCCUUGACCUCUACGCCUUCGAUUCUCGUCUCUGAUUCUGCUGUAGAACAGCUUCCUACUCGCCACCGCUACCACAGCACCAGAAACAGCGACAGCUCUGGCUCCUGCUCCAGCUCCAGCACCGGUGGACAGCAGGCCCGGCUCUCGCCCUCUUAUACUGACUCUACGCCUCACUCACCCUCCUAUGGACCAAUGGCCAUCCCCAGGUCGCAAGAAACAAUCGCCCCGCCGCCUCUUCCACCGCCACGGUUUAUAGAAGAACUUGCCAACGGACACGACUCAGGCUGGAGAUGGGGAAACACCUUCUACCCAGGCAAACCAGGAGCAUCAGGCGCAGCACCGGGCGCAGCAGGUACGGAAAUGGACACUAGAGAUACCUCCACCAGUCGAGACACUGCUGCAGGAACAAUGCUGCCGCCCAUCAACCCUGGCUCAAGUCUCUUUGGAGGAGGCCAUGCCAGGCCACCAUUGCGUAGACGGGACGAAACAUUUCGCCUGGAUGCAGAAGAACAAAGGGCUGCCGAUGCCAGGAGACCUGGUUCAGGUUCUAUAUCAGAGCAAGAGACCACUGUAGGGCCGCGAUCAGCACCUUUGAUCAGUUCCUUUGGUGAUGGGAAUGCCUUCUCUCCUGCUAGCCCUCUAACACGGCCGGGCAGGUCUCUUUCCCAGACUGGAUCGCUAUCUCAUACUUUAGAUACCAGGAUUUUGCCUAGCACAAGGCAAAAACCGCUCUCGGAAAAGAGUGUUGAACAUUCCAUUAAUGCCUACGAUCGAAAUCUCUUAUCGAAAAUUGGUGGCCCAGCGUCCCCGCCGAGGAACGCAGUACUAGGACUUGCUACAACACCAAGAGACCCAGCCAGAGUCCAGACGAGCUUCUCUGCUCUCACCCUCACCGACGAGACUCUUAGUCCACAGGAUAUGAGAUGGGGCAGCGGCCCUCCUUCUGCUGGUAUAUCUCCGGGUACUGGAGGGAGUGGCUUCUCAGAUUACCUUGCAUUCCGGAAUCAACGUGAGGGGAGUACCAGCGGUCUCUCGCCUAUGGAAGUGGACCAGUUCAGCCAUGCGCGAGAGAAAUAUUCCGGAGGAACCAGCAGUGGCCCGGUUAGAUAUGGUGAAGCCGCACAUAGCUUACCUUUACACUCUGGGAGAAGGAGCCAUGAUCGGUCUUUCUUCCCCGACCUGGACACAGAUAUAUCAAUGGACGACGCGCAUUCGAGCAGUAUGCAUUCGAAAACUACUCGUCAGCGAAGUCUGGGCGAACGGAUGCCAUCAUAUGCUGAGGGUCUAUCCCCUUUAUCAAACCAUGGUGGUAUGAAGCGAAGGGCCUCUUCUCCGCCACAGGUAGCACGACAUGAGGAUGUAGGGCUCAGCACAAGCUGCGGUGACAGGCGUAUGUCGGGAUUCCCCUUUAAUAAUGGAAUAUGCACAUCUCCCGGCGGAGCUCGAUACCAAUCUAGCCAUGGUUCGAUAUCGUCCAUUUCAUCAGCAAGCAUGCGUACCGGAUCAUAUGCCUCCUCAACUGGCCUGUCAGUUGGGGCGAGCAGCAUGUCCUCCUAUGAUCGGCCGUCCCCAGGUGGAAUCUCCCCUACUGAUGUGGAUCACUAUGACAGAGGAGGAUUUACGAGCAGCCCUGCCCAAAAGCAGUCUACCUCUGCUCCAAUACUGAGCAUGCCUCGACCAGGACAUUACCCUGAACCAUUGUCUACAUCAGCAGCGGAUAUGAAGAAGAAUUCGAUUUCGGCGGCGUCAGGCCGAAAGGGAUCCCACACUUGUCCGAACUCAUCAAAGAACCCUCAGCGUGUUGGCCGGUCGUAUAUAUGCGAGUGCUGUCAUACAAAACCAAAGAAGCUAGACAGCCUUGAAGAACUCAGAGCCCAUGAAAUGGAAAAGCAAUAUAACUGCAACUAUUGUCACAAGCGCUUCAAGAACAAAAAUGAAGCGGAGCGGCACCGCGCGUCUCUUCAUAUCCGUCAUCACUCCUGGUCCUGUGGAUCCCUAGCAGGUUAUGAAUCCGCCUUUCAUCCUUCAUCUUCAUCAUCUAGCGGCCAGCUCCCUGGUUCUACCACGUCGACCCAUGACACAUGUGGCUUCUGCGGCAUGGAGUUUCCUAAUCUGCCAGCUCCGCAGUGGGAUGUUCGAAUCGAACACCUAACAUCUGUCCAUAAGUUCGGAGAGUGCAACCAGUCCAAGAAGUUCUGGCGAGCAGACCAUCUCAGACAGCACCUGAAACAUAUUCACGCUGGCUCGAGUGGGAAAUGGACCAAUAUUCUAGAGAAUGCCUGUAUGAGGGAAGAACCAAUAGCGGAUCCAGGACUGCCUAGUAUAGGUGAGACUCCGGACGGCAAGAUGGAAACGGAUAUGAUGGGCCACGACGGAGAUGGCGAGUCGUGA